CCCACAAUGUCGUAUAUUUAUCCAAAGCUAAAUUACCCUGAGCUUUAGAAAUCUCAAAUGAACAGAACGAAAAAUUUCAAACAAUAAAUUGUGAAAGCAGGUAAUGAGUUCGAAUUCCUUUCAAUUCUCUCCCAUUACUAUCCUAACAAUUGAACCGUAAAUACGUUGGGAUAUCAUCGCCACCUUUUCAACUGACUGCCUAAAAUUUAAAUCGUUCCUUUUAAAAUCAGGCUUUAAAUAAUCGAAAAAUUUGUCUGGACGAUUUUAAUGGUCUAGUCACUAGACCGCCGAGUGAAAAAAAAAUAUUCAAAAUUGCACAAAUGCUACAACCGAGUGAGUGACACCAACAAAGAAUGAAUGAGAAUAAAUAAAAGGCCCAAUGAAAAGAUGCAAUUCCACAAGAGCAUUGACAGUUUGAUAGUCCGUGACAUAGAUAUCGGUGCGUGGAAGACCUAAAUAAAUAAAGCGUAGUCUGUUUGACUGGUGCUGUAAUAAAGAGUGAGCAGGUGGAUGUGAGUAAAUAUCGGGGGCUCAGCGGAGGAUUUUAUGGGGGACUGGUGAGAAUGAUCAAUAUAACGAGUUUAACGACAAUACUUCCAUCAACAUCAACCCCAUCGACGACAACUCUAGGCGAUGCUGCAGCGGCCGCAGCGGUCGCCGCAUCGAUGACAGCUACCAGUGAUCGAGAGGUACUUGGUAUAACCAGUACACUUGCUGGUGUCAUUAACAGAAGUCCAUCAUUCGGAUUGAGUGAUGAUUCCGAUGUUUCUCCUGUCACCCUCUCUGCCGAUUGGUCCAGAGUGGCCAAGCUUUUAUUACUCGCUUCAUUGGCUGUUGUCGGAAGUGUCGGCAAUGUAUUCAUGAUAUCAGCUGUCAUGGUUGAGGAUCAUUUAAAGAAACGAGGAAAUGCAUUUCUAGUUAACGUCGCCCUGGCAGAUCUCUUGAUAACUGGUUUAGUGAUUCCAGCAUCGGCAAUAGUCAUUCUGGCAGGUCAUGAGGAUACAGAAAGUAUCUGUCGAUUCGAGUGGACUCUGGAGGUUCUAUGCUUCCUGGUGACUUUAUUGACUCUCGCGACGAUUGCUGCGGAAAAUUACGCUCGACUCUGCCUCCCUGCUGAAAGGUACGCAAUCUUCACACCAAGUAGAAUAACUGGAAUAACGUUCUGCGUGUGGGUGAUAGCAGGUAUAGCUGUAAUACUCCAGUCUACUCUGGAUCUGGGUCCGGACUUCUGCCGUCGUCGUUUUACUGGUGUUGCCCGUGAGCAGGUAAUAGUAGCGUGCAUUCUGGUACUCCUACCUGCGGUAAUCACAAUCGUACUCUAUCUACGUCUAAUUCUUCGUGUACGACGCGCAAUCAGGAGUUCUUUCAAGCCACCAGCCACCUUCUCCUGGGAUUACGACCUCACCAAAACCAACAUGUGCAGUUUUGUCUUAUUCGCUGUAUUCUGGUUACCAUUUGGCAGCGCAGCAUGCAUUAGUAACUUCAGACGCGUUAACUCUGGAGUAUUUUAUCAGCUAGCAUGGUUCGCACUGUCAAAAUCGUGUAUUAAUAGUCUUCUGUAUUGCGUGCUCGAUCGACAUUUUAGAAAUGCUUAUGUCAAGCUCUUUCAUUAUUGCUGUUGCAAGACAACUGUGAGUUUUUCCAGGAGGCAGAGGGGAGAUGGCACCCGCUCAUCCGGAGAUGUCAGACUCAGGGUUCAUAUUAUUCAUUCAUAUGCAAGUCCCGCAUCAUGUAGACCUAAUGUCGCUAGACCCUAUGGAAAAGACGUCUACGAACUCUAAUUUGCUUUAAAUUCUUUCACUCCAUUGUUCACCCUCCGAGAGUUUCAUUGGAUUUUUAUAGUUUUUAUGCACUGCUGACCAACGAAUAUCCUCGCUCCGUCCAUUCCAUGGAUUAAUGCACAUGUAUCCUGAAUCGAUACAUAUGCACGCUUAUUCUUUUUUUUUUUCAUUCCUAUUGGCGUCUCGUUGAGUUUUAUUAGUAUAUUUGGUAUUUAGUUCUGUUUGCUCUAUCAUUUACGCUGGAGUGAUUAAAUUUCAGUCCUUCUCAAAGAUAAAAUCUGAAACAUGUGUUUUACAUGCCUUCUGUAAAGCUGUGAUCAUUAUGGACAUUUUUAGAUACUUGGAUACAUUCCUCUCUGAGUAUUUGAGAAUUAUUCGUUUGUGCAUAUUGUACGUAUACUUGACGCACAACAAUCGGCUUACUCGCUGAAUUUCGUGGUGUAAUUGGGUGUUUGUUCAAUUAUUUUUGACAUAUCAACUGCGAUUAAAAUCCGUUACAGUCCGAAUAGUGGAAUUAAUUGCUGCCGAUUAAUGUUUCAUGAGACUGAUUAGUUAUUUCGAUAUAGUUUUAUUUUAGUUAAGUUAUAUUACGAUGAUUUUAAAGAGUGGCAGACUUCGAUUGGGGACCAGAGAAUGGCAAAAGUCAGUUGAAAAAAGCUCUAUGUUUUUCCUGGUACAUAUUAUUGGUCAAUUUUUUUUUAAGUACCACAAUACCUCACACACUGACUCUAUUAUCAUUUCAAUGGAAAAUCCGAGUACACGUAAAAUAACACAAUGGAGCUUUAACGUGGCAUUUUAUGCAAUUAUAAUUACAUCGCGGUUACAUUUAUUGAUAUCAACAUGUAUCUCAAUUACAUGUGCAUGAUGUAAAAACAUGAAUAACAAUAUGAAUAAUCACUGUGUUGAAAGUACCCCUUUGGAUUAUGGAUAAUAGGACUUGCGUGUAUAGGAAUAGGAGGCGAUAAGCAAAGAAAAAAAUUCAUAAAAUACUGAAACUUUUGAAACUCCGAGGACCACAAAUUCACAAUAAAAGAAAUUAACCGUCUUAAAACGUAUGACUCCAAUUGUGUGUGAAUAAUAAAUCUACUAUAGAAGAAAAAUCUAGAUAUGUCUGUAACAUUGUUUUAUACGAAUUUUAUGUGUCGAUAAUAUUUAAAAGGAUUGCAAUGAAGAAAUUGGCAUUUGGAUUGAUGAAAACAGAGAAUAGUUCUGUAGUCAUAAGUUAUUAGAUAAUUAAGCAUGGAAAUUAUGUAAGAUGUAAGGCACCUGUUGGGAUAAACCAAAAAAAAACUCGUAAUGCUGAUAGAAUAGCGAAUUAGUUCAAUACGAAAUUAGCAAUAGAUAAAAAAUUAUUGAAUCGUCAAGCAGCAGUUUACACUAUUGUGGAAUAAAAUUAGUUCCGAAAUGAUUGGCAAAGUAAAUCGUUUAUAAUGAAUAUGUCAUUGUGAUGAUAGCAGAGGUAAACUUGUGAAAAGUUGCAGUGAAUUCUAAAUGGUUUAUUUUUUACUAAAUGUAUCUUCGCAUUUGAUGUGUAUUUUUCGUAUGUCUGUAUUGAUUAUUAUAAAAUUAUUUUAUUGUAAAACCUAUUAAACAUGAAACGUAACCGUUU